UCCUCCUCCUUUCCGCCAGUGUCCGGCCGCGGGCCGGCCUUAGUGACUGGGGCGGCGGGCCCCGGGGCCGCGGCGUGGGGCGGCGGGCGGACGCCGGCCGCGGGCUGCGUUUGUCGGCCCUCGAGCUCUCCUGGACCAAGCAGCCGCCCGCGAGCCUCUGUGGCGCUUCCUAGCCUGCUGCCGUCGGCGAGCAAGAUGAUGUGCGAGGUGAUGCCGACCAUCAGUGAAGCAGAAGGCCCCCCAGGAGGAAGUGGGAGCCAUGGAUCCAGCUCCCCUUCACAGCCAGAUGCAGAUUCACAUUUUGAACAGUUGAUGGUCUCCAUGCUAGAAGAAAGGGACCGUCUUCUUGACACACUGAGAGAGACUCAAGAAACGUUGGCACUAACCCAGGGGAAAUUACAUGAGGUUGGCCAUGAAAGAGAUUCCUUACAGAGACAGCUCAACACUGCACUUCCACAGGAGUUUGCAGCACUUACUAAAGAACUCAAUGUAUGCAGGGAACAGCUCCUUGAAAGGGAAGAAGAAAUUGCUGAACUGAAAGCAGAGAGGAACAAUACCAGGCUGCUGUUAGAGCAUUUGGAGUGCCUUGUCUCUAGGCACGAGCGGUCCCUCAGGAUGACAGUGGUGAAGAGACAAGCUCAGUCUCCAGCAGGCGUGUCCAGCGAAGUUGAGGUGCUUAAAGCACUGAAGUCAUUAUUUGAACACCACAAAGCUCUGGACGAAAAGGUGAGAGAGCGAUUACGAGUAGCACUCGAAAGGUGUAGUUUGUUAGAAGAAGAAUUAGGUGCCACACACAAAGAGCUAAUGAUUCUUAAAGAACAGAAUAAUCAGAAAAAAACACUAACAGAUGGAGUGCUUGAUAUAAACCAUGAACAAGAAAAUACACCCAGUACGAAUGGAAAGAGAUCUUCUGAUGGUUCUUUAAGCCACGAAGAAGACCUUGCUAAGGUAAUUGAGCUCCAGGAAAUCAUCAGUAAGCAGACGCGGGAGCAGAGCCAGAUGAAGGAGCGCCUGGCCACGCUCUCCAGUCAUGUGACAGAGCUGGAGGAGGAUCUCGACACUGCUCGGAAAGACCUCAUCAAAUCUGAAGAAAUGAACACAAAGUUGCAACGUGACGUCCGGGAAGCCAUGGCCCAAAAGGAAGACAUGGAAGAAAGAAUCACUACUCUUGAAAAACGCUACCUCGCCGCACAGCGUGAAGCCACAUCUGUGCAUGACCUCAAUGAUAAACUUGAAAAUGAAAUUGCAAAUAAAGAUUCUAUACAUCGACAGACUGAAGACAAAAACCGCCAGUUGCAAGAACGCCUGGAAUUGGCAGAGCAGAAGCUGCAGCAGACUCUGAGGAAGGCCGAGACACUCCCCGAGGUGGAGGCGGAGCUGGCCCAGAGGGUAGCAGCCCUUUCCAAGGCUGAAGAGAGACACGGCAACAUUGAAGAAAGGUUACGGCAGAUGGAGGCGCAGUUGGAGGAGAAGAAUCAAGAACUGCAGCGGGCAAGGCAGAGAGAAAAAAUGAAUGAAGAACAUAAUAAACGUUUAUCAGAUACUGUUGACAAGCUUCUUUCAGAAUCUAAUGAGAGGCUUCAGCUCCACCUGAGGGAGAGGAUGGCUGCUUUGGAGGACAAGAAUUCUCUAUUACGAGAAGUUGAAAAUGCAAAAAAGCAAUUAGAAGAAAUGCAACAUGAUAAGGAUCAGCUUGUCUUAAACAUUGAAGCGUUAAGGGCUGAACUGGACCAAAUGAGACUGAGAGGUGCUUCACUCCAUCAUAGCCGACCCCACCUGGGCAGUGUCCCCGACUUCAGGUUCCCUGUGGCUGAUGGACACGCUGAUUCCUACGGCACCAGUGCAGUGUUGCGGCGUUCCCAGAAAGGCCGCCUGGCAGCCCUGAGGGAAGAGCCUUCCAAGGUACAGACUCUGAAUGAACAGGACUGGGAACGUGCCCAACAAGCUAGUGUCUUGGCAAAUGUAGCACAAGCAUUUGAGAGUGAUGUUGAUGUGUCUGAUGGUGAGGAUGACAGAGACACUCUCCUCAGCUCGGUUGACCUGUUGUCACCCAGCGGGCAGGCGGAUGCACAGACGUUAGCCAUGAUGCUUCAGGAGCAGCUAGACGCCAUCAACAAAGAGAUCAGGUUGAUACAAGAAGAAAAGGAAAAUACCGAGCAGCGAGCAGAGGAGAUUGAAAGCAGAGUCGGCAGUGGGAGUUUAGACAGUCUUGGUCGUUUUAGAUCAAUGAGUUCCAUCCCCCCCUAUCCUGGCUCCUCACUUGCCGGCUCCUCCCCCCCAGGCAGUGGUCGCUCCACCCCAAGGAGGAUCCCCCACAGCCCAGCCAGGGAAGUGGACAGACUGGGCAUCAUGACCCUACCUAGUGAUUUAAGGAAACAUCGUAGAAAGUUGCCAUAUUCCAGAGAAGAGGUACGAGAUGAUAAGACCACGAUAAAAUGUGAAACUUCCCCCCCUGCCUCCCCGGGGUCCCUCCGGUUAGACAGGCCACAGAAAGGAGCGCUGCACACAGUCAGCCACGAAGACAUCAGGGACCUGAGAAACUCCGCAGGCUCCCAGGACGGUCCCGUGAGCAACCCCAGCAGUAGCAACAGCAGCCAGGACUCGUUGCACAAAGCCCCCAAGAAGAAGGGCAUCAAGUCCUCCAUUGGCCGCUUGUUUGGCAAGAAAGAAAAGGGCCGGCCUGGACCGACUGGCAGAGAAGCAUUAGGGCAAGCUGGUGUUCCAGAGACAGAUAAUUCAUCUCCAGAUGCCUUGGGACUUAGCAAAUUGGGAGGACAGGCUGAAAAAAACCGUAAACUUCAGAAAAAGCAUGAGUUGCUUGAGGAAGCCCGUAGACAAGGAUUACCGUUUGCCCAGUGGGAUGGACCAACUGUCGUCGUUUGGCUGGAGCUCUGGGUGGGGAUGCCAGCCUGGUAUGUGGCUGCCUGCCGAGCCAAUGUGAAGAGCGGAGCCAUCAUGUCGGCCCUGUCGGACACAGAGAUUCAGCGGGAGAUCGGCAUCAGCAACCCCCUGCACAGGCUGAAGCUGCGGCUGGCCAUCCAGGAGAUCAUGUCGCUCACCAGCCCGUCUGCCCCACCCACGUCCAGAACGCAGACGCUCGCAUAUGGGGACAUGAACCACGAGUGGAUUGGCAACGAGUGGCUGCCCAGCCUGGGCCUUCCUCAGUACCGCAGCUAUUUCAUGGAGUGCCUUGUUGAUGCUCGGAUGCUGGACCAUUUGACAAAGAAAGACCUUCGAGGGCAACUGAAAAUGGUUGAUAGUUUUCACAGAAACAGUUUCCAGUGUGGAAUUAUGUGCCUGCGAAGGUUAAAUUAUGACCGAAAAGAACUGGAAAGAAAAAGAGAAGAAAGUCAGAAUGAAAUAAAAGACGUGCUUGUUUGGAGCAAUGAUCGAGUGAUUCGCUGGAUCCUGUCUAUUGGUCUUAAAGAAUAUGCAAACAAUCUCCUAGAGAGCGGUGUUCACGGUGCACUUUUGGCCUUAGAUGAAACCUUCGAUUUCAAUGCACUAGCGCUGCUGUUACAGAUCCCAACACAGAACACACAGGCCCGUGCUGUCUUGGAAAGAGAGUUUAAUAACCUUUUGGUCAUGGGGACUGACAGAAAGUUUGAUGAAGAUGAUGAUAAAAGCUUUAGGAGAGCACCUUCUUGGAGAAAAAAAUUUAGACCAAAGGACAUCCGUGGCUUAGCUGCUGGGUCAGCAGAGACUCUCCCUGCAAACUUCCGGGUGACUUCAUCUAUGUCUUCACCCUCUAUGCAGCCAAAGAAGAUGCAGAUGGACGUUUACCCACACUACUUCUACAGAUGAUUAUGCAGCAUUCAAAUCCAACAAAGACUACAUUUUAGAAUUCAGUGGAAUCCUUAAUCUGUUAAUAAUUGUUAUAUGGACCUUGAGAUAUUUUAUUACAGAGUUUUUAAUUAGUGAAAAAUUCAUGGAUACCAUAGAGAAAAUAUUUUAGAAUUUGUUUCUUAUAUUUAUGUAAACUUAUGAAUCUUCAUUUAUAUAGCUACUUACUUUUUCAUGUAUAUCCAGGCUAUAAAUAUCCUUUCAAAUCAAUUCAUGUUCUUAUAUCUAAUUUUAGUCUUUCAAAUGAAUGUACUGUAAUGCUUGUAUGUAUAAAUGCUAUGAAUAAAUAUAGGGCUUUUGUAAAUUAUGCAUUUAUUGUAAUUAUCAUUGUUUAAUUUUUUAAUGAUAAACCAUGACAAAAGAUUUUACUACGUUUAUAAAAUUAUCAUGUCACAAUGUGCAUUAUCCUUUACAAAUGCAGCCUAGCUCUACAACAAUCGUUUUGAAAUAAGCAUACUUAAUUUUAAGCAAUUACUGUUGUAUUUUAAUAACUGACCUUAACUAUACAUUUUCUAGCAAGAAAUACUUUUUUCCUGCAGUGUGAACAGAUUUAAAAUAUCUGGUAUUAAAUAUCAGUUUCUAAUAAAAUUUGGACUGAAAGGAUUAUGAGAACACUAUGAAAUAUUAGCAUUGGUUAACUCUUUCCUAGCCUAGUCUCUGGACUUGGGUAGCUUGUCUUCAGUGACUGACCAGAAGCUGUGAGCUGGGAGCAGUUUUCUCAGUGGGAAGAAAAGGACUCCGGGUAACCUGGGAAGCAGCCCCAGCUGCCGGAACCUUCUUCCUGGCUCUGCGCCUUGUAUGCAGGGUGGAAAGGCACCUGUACUACUCUUGGGGGACCAAUCACCAGCACUGUGCUCUCAACUCACAGAUGUUGGUGCACAGAGCAGAUGGAGGCAGGAGACCCUGAAAACAGUGUCGAAAACAGUGUCGUGCAACUCUAAUAAAGGCCUUAUUGUUCUUACGUAAAUCAUCUUUUUACAUUUGUUUGUAAACAUGUUUAAAAAAUGGACCUAGUCGUACAUUUUUAGAUUUUGAUGAUAGCCAUUUUGGAUUGUAUAAAUAGCAAAUGUAACUUUUUAAGGGGCAUAUUAAAAAGCCAGCAAGAAAUGGGUCAGAUCAUGGUGCGUUAUUUAUUAUGCAGCAGGUACAGAGACAUCUGUCUUUCUACAUUUGGUCUCUGCUUUUAAUUGUACAAUUCAUUGUUACUGUUCUGUUUUUCUAUUAAUCUUUUGUGAACUUUCUGAUUAUGUAACAAAGUAUGUACAGUCUACUUUUGAACUAUUUUUACCACAGUAUUAUUUAUUACUUUCUUUAAAUAAAGCACUGAAGCGCCUCCCACUGCCAA